AUGUAUAUCCUUUCUAAUAAUACCACCUCUGUUUUCUCGUCCGCACAUAACUCUUUAAAGCGUGUCUGUUACACUCAUCAUUUCGUUUGUACGUUCCAAAAUUUCGUUUCAAAAAAUGCUGCUCCGAAAACAGAAAGAAAUGGUCGACCGGUCGAUUUAACUGAUAACGUUGAUUCACUGGUAGAAAAGAUUUUAGGUGUAGUACAUUAUUUGGAGGAUGUAAAUAAUUAUGUUAUAGAUUUUAAAAAAGAAUUAUUAACAAAGCUGGAAUACCUAGUACAACAUGAUGCAGCUUUGUAUGAAUCUUAUGAACACAACGAAAAUAUAUUCAAUGAAAUAUAUACCUAUAAUGAGAGUAAAUUGAGUAGAUAUUCAAAAUACUUGGAUGACUUGAAGAAUGAAAAACUAGAAAUAUUUAAUAAUACCAUAAAUAACAUUCAGAAGGAGAAUAUAUAUUACGUGAACUUUGUUUACAAAAACCUCCUUACCAAAAUUGAUCUCCUGAGUGACCUCAAUAAGAAGAAACUGGACAAGGAGAAGAGAAGAAAUUUGCACGAACUGACCAAGUACUUGGACAGGCUGAAAGUUAAGCUGCUAGGCAUACAAAAGCUAUUCAACAAGGUGUUAAUAGAAAAAUCAGUAACAAUCAAAAAGGCAAAUGACGAAAAUAGAGGACUGUUUGAAUUAUCUGCUAGCGAUUAUUUGCAUGGAAAUAGCAACUUUGACACGUUUUCAAGUUACGUAAUAAAUGAUUUUUUACUAAAUGAUAAAAGAAUAAAUGUAGUCAAUUACAACAAUAAUUCUUUUUUUAAGAAUAAUUUUAUGUAUUUCAAUUUUUUGUUCAAUUAUAUGAAGGAAAGGAGCGACAAUGACAGCAAGCGUGUGAAUAGCAAGAAUGUGAGUAAUAAAACAAAUGUGUAUAAUAGGAACAAUUUUAACGUUUACAUUUAUUUGAAAGACCCGCUAAUAGAGGAGCAUGAUAUGUCUUACUUGGGUUACUACGUGGUUGCUGACUUGUACAUAAUUGAUGUUAUUAUAAAGAAUGUUGAACGCAUUGCUGAGAAUAAGUGGAAUAGUAAAAAGGUAUAUACAGAUGUGUUAGUGUGUAUAGAUAAUUAUAUAGUUAAAUAUAAUGUACUGUCUAGUAAUAUUUAUUUAGAUAUGCAAGCGGACAUUAAGCCCAUUUUUAAAGGUAGUAGUAGUAGUAAUGGUAGUAGUAGUAGUAGUAGUAAUGGUAGUAGUAGUAGUAGUAGUAAUGGUAGUAGUAGUAAUGGUAGUAGUAGUAGUAAUGGUAGUAGUAGUAGUAAUGGUAGUAGUAGUAAUGGUAGUAGUAGUAAUGGUAGUAGUAGUAGUAGUAGUAGUAGUAGUAGUAGUAGUAGUAGUAAUGGUAGUAGUAGUAGUAAUGGUAGUAGUAGUAAUGGUAGUAGCAGUAGCAGUAGUUAUAACAACUCAGUUGAAGAGAAAAAAAUUGCAGUUAUUCUUGCACAGCUAGAAAGAAAAAAGAGAUUGAAUUAUAGAAAUACAAUUUUUAAGGAUGAUUAUUAUAAAAAAAUAGUCGAAAAAAAAAUAAAAAAGGACGAAAGGAAAAAAGGUUUGAAUUAUGGUAUAUAUAAUAAAUCUACUUUAUCAUAUAUUAGAAAGAAAAAUAUAUUUUUUGAUUCAUACAAAGAAUAUUAUAAAAAAUUUUUAUCCUUAUAUACGUAUGAAGAAAUAUUCAAUAUCAUGUGUAGUAACAACAAUAAGUGUAUUAGCAGUAUUAUUAACUCCUUAAAUGUUGUUAAUAGCAAUACUUUUAUUUUAAAAAGUCAUUUGAAAUUAAAAAAGGAGUUGAAAAAGUUCUUUCAGACGAAUCAGAACAAACUGCGUUAUAAAAUAAAUUCGGGUGCUACUUGUCCGAGUGUUGAUAAUUAUCUGCUUAGAAAUGAGUCCAAAGUUGAUGCCGCAAUUAGCGGUAGUGUUAUGAACUGUAGCGGAGCAAAUGACAAUACGGAACAUAUCAACAAGGUACAUGAGGACCAUUUGAAUAAAUGUCCAGUACAAAGCAGUAACAUAUUUAUUAACAAAGAAAUGUGUGUGAGAGAGUUGAAUACACGCCCAGUGCUUGACAAUGAUGACCAUUUUAUCAAUAUGAACAAUGUUGAUGAUUAUUUGAAUACAUAUUAUGUGUCUUAUCAUGAAUCCUUUAAAGUAGUUAAAAAAGAGCACUACUUUUCUGUUUUAUCGCACAUUUUUGAGACUUAUUUAAAAAAUGCACACUCAAAUGAUAUCAUUAAUAGGUACCCAUACUUAAAAAGUACGAGUAAUAUUACUAUUCAUUUUUUGGGCAUGUUACCUGAGAUUAUGAAACUUUCCAAAACGUCCAAAUACUGCGAUUCUUUGUAUGCCUUGGGAAAUACCUACCUACAGAAGGGGACAGAAUUUGAACGUGAGGAACAGGGGGAAGAAGAUGCAGAGGCGGAUGGGAUAGGAGAUAAAGCGGCGGAAGAGAGAGAUGACAAAAGGGACGAAGUAAUAAACACCGAGAUAAGCACUGAAAUUGCGUUUUUAAAAAAGUAUAAUAAUAAGUACAUGCAACUGUUUCAGCAUCACUUAGAAGAAGAGAUAAAAUUUAUCAAUUAUUUUGAAAUUUUGAUACAGAAAAAGAUGGCAAUUAUUGUUGAAGAAAAUGAGUUUUUAAAAUUAUAUAUUUUUUAUGGUAAGAAGAGUUUACCGAAUUUACCUUAUACUCCCAUUUUUUUUAGCUGUAGAACAAUUAUUAAGAUAGAAGUAUUAAGAGAUGUUAAAACAAAGCAAAUAAUAUACUCCAGUAGAUCUUUCUUUUUAGAAACGUUAAUAACUUUAAAAGAAUAUAAAAUUAGGAAUGAAAGUGCAUAUAUAAUCAUCGAAACUUCAGAUGAAAAGAGUUCAAUAAAGAAAAGAUUAAAAAUGGAAAUGCUUUAUCGUAUGUCCCCCAUGUCACAUAUAAAUGCUUACAUUAUUUCUAAUAAAGGCAGAGAGACUGUAUAUCACAAAGGAAAUGUUUAUCAGAGAUCUGCCAGCGAUAUUAAGCAUGUUAUCAGUGAUAUUCGAAAUGACUUUUUAAAUAUUAUACUACCGCAGUAUAACUUAUUCGAUCUCUUUGACAGUCACAUAUAUAUUAUUAUAUGUUUAAGGAAUGAAAACUGCUGA